AUGGACGAAGAAAUACUAAGCAAGUACGCCACGAAGAGCAGCAUAAACACCAUCCCGUAUAGCAACUUCUUCAUCGCGCAAAAGAGAAAAAUGCUGGAGGAAGAAUACGCCAGGGGGGACAACCUUGGCCAUGUGAACAAGCGAGCCAAAGUAUCACUAUAUGAAAAUUUCGAAUCGCUAAAAAAACAAAGGUUAAGUGAAAAUGACGUCUGCAUAGACCACUUUAAAGAUAUGGACAAGUACAUCAGUCAAGUAAAGGAGUUAAGAAGCAUUUACAACUUCCUCUUCAGCGACCAUUUAACAAACGAACAUGACAUUUUGCACGUGAGCAGAAAAUUUUGCAGCAUACAGUGCAAUGACAUCAUCGAUAGGAACAUCUGUUUUGAGAGUUCUACGGAGAGGUGUACCAACGGGUUAUACAGUUAUGCCAAGAGUGGAGUGAAUGCCAGUAGCGAUGCACUUAUAAGGAAGAAGGGGGUGGGUGAAAUGGAGGCGCAUGUAGUCCCCGUGGGGGAGAAGAGUGCAGACUGGGGAAGAGGCAGCGGGGCGGUGAACCCUCAAAGUGGGAAAAAUAUGCACCUCAUUAGCGGUGAUAACAGCGUUAAUAAUUACCACAUAGCGGGUGAGGAACAGUUAGGAGGCCCCCCUCGAGGGAGCAGUAGAAUCCCCGCCUUCGGAAAAAGAAUACUUAAUAGCGUCUCCAACCAAAUACUCUACAUCGAUGACCUGUCCACGUACGACAUCCUGCUGCUAGUGUCCCUCGUCACGCAGUUACAAAAUGAACAGAAGGAAAAUGAAAAGGAAGAAAAAAAUUUAGAAGUACUAGCCAACAUUGACGAAUUUCAAGUGAAUGCACAUUCGCUAAAGGAAAUCUUUAGGAGCUACUUUAAAGAAAAAACUUUUCAGUGUUUUACGUGCGGCCUACGAUUCAGCUCGAGCUUAGAGAAGCUAAACCAUUUGGAAAAUCAUUACCAAAAAAAUAAGUACUACACAAAUGUCGGGGCAGAAAAACCAGGUACCAAUAGGAACAGAAAGAAAAUCAUUUUUCUAGAUCAUAUGAGUAUGUCCAUUGAGUUUUUCAUCUGUAAGGAGUAUUCCAUUUUUGAGGAUGUGUAUGAAAAUGUGGUUACCAAAAAUUGUAAUUCCUUUAAUUAUAAUGCCAAGUGGGAGGCCGACCGGAAGACCGUCCAUGUGGAGGGGAAGUACGAAGUGAGGGACUACCAAGUGAGGAACUACGAAGAGGGGAAGUACGAACUGAGGAACUACGAAGGUGUGAGUGAUUCGGCCCGUUUGAAGAGCGCCAGGAGGGAGAACCACGAGGCGAAUUUCGCAUCGCGUGUAAUCGAUUUGACAGACGAGGGGGAGCCUGGUGAUGUGGAAAAUGCCCCUGGUGAGUAUACUGGUGAGUAUACCUCUGAUAAGCGUGCCCCGGGGGGGGAUCCCAACUGGGGGGCCCAUGCGAGGAAGGCAAACAACCCUGCGCAGAGGAAAAGAGAACCCCCCCCUGAAACGUUGGCCUUUUACAUAUCCUCGGGGGGGCCCGAACUGAAGGAAGUAGAAGACGCCCCCUUCGACAAAAGCGUACAGGACGUAUUCCAUUUUGGAACAAAGUCCAACGAAAUGGAUAAUUUCUUUUGGGCAAAGCGGAACGACGCGCAGAAUGGAAAAAAUGAGAAGAAGAAAAAAAAAUUGCGUAAUGUGGAAGAUGACGAUAAUGGCUCUUCCUCGGACAGUGACAACAACGGGGGUGGAAGCGGAAACGGAAGCGGCAACAGGAACAGCGGCGGCGGAAACGACGGGGAGAUUAACUUCUUUGAUUUUAUCUAUGGAAACCAAAACACGUACGAUGUGAACCUGUCCAAUUAUUACACCGUGACUGAGGAUAACAACGUGCACAUAAGCUACAUCGAUGGGGAAGUUAUGUUUAAAAAUAUCCUGCAGUGUUUAGAGAUCAAAGAUAUCAGCAGUUACGUUUUCCCCUCCUGGAUCCCUCGGAGGAGCAUACAGAAUUUUUUAGUCAGACCGGUUACGGAAAUGUAUGGGCAGCAAGUCACCAGUAGUAAUUCUUUUGCCAAUAUUGCGGCCGCCAAAGGGAUGGGCAACCUUUUUAUGAACACGUACGCCCAGGAGGAUGCCGCGUGUGGAAAUAAACUUGCCGUGCAGAGUAACGUCUGGAAUUUGUGCACACGUGGGGAGUUCUACCUAGCCAAGCAGCUGGUCCCCAUCAACGUUUUUUUUUCCCUCUCCAAGGGGGGUGAAAUGGCGAAGCGGGGUGAAGCUACGAAGCGGGGUGAAAUUACGAAGCGGGGUGAAAUUACCGCGCGAGGCGAAACUGCGAAACGGGGAGAGCCCCCAACGGAGGCGGCCAAUUGGGGAGCCCCUCUUCAGGAAGUGGGCAAAAGGGUCAGCGACGAAUGGGGAGAAGAGCCCUCGGAGGGAAAGUCCAACCGGAUAAACCGACCCAGUAAUGAAAUCGACACUUCCAAAGGCGCCAUGGAGGGAGGGAAACUGCAAAGAUUGGGCAACGUAGACUACUCUACGGACGAUCUGGCGGAGGAGACGAUAAUGCGCUCCUUCCUGCACAUCUUCGACGAGAAGUACUUCCAACGAACGAGCGUCUUCAAGGAGACGUUUCUCUUCUACCUGAGGAGCAACUAUUUCGAAAUGAGCCAUCACCUCAGCGACGAUGCAAAUUUUAACAAUAUAGAAGAGAGGCUAUAUAGUUAUAUACAAAAUAAUUAUACACAGAAAAUGGCUAUACUGGACACGAAUAAUUACCAAGCGAAUGAGUGUUUCCUCUGUAAAGAGAAAUUUCUGUUCGAUUAUUCUUAUGAGUACAAUGACUUUUACUACACUGAUGCUGUGGCCGUGGAUUUGAAUAACCUGCUCGAGGAUGAGGAGGACCAGGCGCACACAUACAGUUUUAAUUUUAGUGCCAACAUGAUUGACCAACUGAGCGACAGGUGCAUUUAUAACGAUCCCAGUUACGACAUUUUGGACAACGGAAUUGGGGAAGCGGAAAUGUUGUUCCAGAAAAUGCAAAAUGGAGACGCACACGUUUGCAGUGGAGUGAGCCAAUCGGAGGAGGAAAAAAAUGACACUGCUACGGCAACUGCUACUGCUGCUGCCACUGCUGCUGCGACUGAUGGUCAGCUUGGCGAAAGGCACAAAGCGGCCCACAGCUCAGUACGCAUGAAUGACCUGCUCGAAAAUGUAAAAAAAAUAAUUGGUGAAAAUUGUGUCCUGAAAAGAACCGUGAUCGAGUCGGCUUUAAAACAUAACUGCCAAAUGAAAAAUAUGAAGGGGAAAAAAAAAAAAAAAAAAGAUGACCACAUGCAGCAUUACAAUAAUUUAUUUAAAAAUUUUUGCAUUCCGCAUGAAACAGUGAGCAUUCUCCAUGACAUACAGAAGGAAAAUAAAAACAGGAGCAGCGUCAACGUUAAUGAUGUCUCCCAAUUUGAUAUUAAUCAUGAAUAUGCAAAUGACGAAAUUGACGAUUUUGUGAAUUAUUUCGAAAAUGUCACGCAGCAAGUGACCAAUUCGCUGUUUGAAAAUAUCUACAAAAGGAACAAAAUGGAUAAACAUAUUUUCACCCACAUGACAAAUUGCUACAUAAAUGACGAUAAUGAAAAAAAGGACACUUUUACGAAUAUCUAUUUUCCCUCCAAAAAUUAUUUGCACACAAACUUCACUUAUUUUCACCAUCAGUGUUUUAAAAAUUAUGUGCAUUAUUUUAUUUUCCCGUACUACUUCUUAACCAAAUUGGAUCAUCACCUUUUUAAGAAAAUUGUCAUAUCUGCUGUGAGGCAGUUUUUCAAGGCGUACCAUCGCAUUUGUAAGUUUGGCACGUCUGAGGUGAAGCAUGUAGGGGGCACCCGUCCUUCUGCAAGGAGAAGGCCGACUCGUAAGGCGGGCCAGCUCCAGGUGAGGAGGCACUUUUAG